CAACGCCAUUAUCUGUCCUUGCGGGCCAGCUGGAGAGCCCCGCAAGGACGUACGGAGUUCUGCGCGCCGCAUCGCCGCGCUUCACCCGUGACAUUUCCUGGAAGUACAUAUCUGCGCAUCUUGCUGGUUGCAGGAUGUGCCGCAGCUGCGUCCCACGCUGAUAAGUUCUGUUUCAGAUGAGAUGCAAAGUCACUUCCUAUAAACGCAUCGGCCCGAGCAGCUGCGAUCCGCGCAAACUCGGCUCACAUUAACGAGUUUAAGAGUUGAAAACUCGUAAUCGCACGGCUCACUCACUGAUAAACUAACCUGAGAGCGCUUUGACAAUGGAGCUACUGGAUAUGAAGCUGCGGGUCUCAGUGCGUCUGACAGGCAACGAGAGGAAAGAGCGCUGAGAGAGAGAGAGAGAGAGCUAACAGAACUGAAAGCUGCAGCGUGGUUUACGGUAAAACUCCCUCUUUCUUUGUUAAUAAUUUUCUUUUUGUUCAAGAAUAAAUUCAACUAGAUUUCACAGAAAACAGGAAAAAUCGGAGUGAAUUCAUUUUUGGGUUUCAUCCUGAAAGCUUCAGAUUUCGUGCCUGGUAGUUAGUUACUACAAUGACUGACAGGAAUUCCAGAGUCCAUAUGCCAACGCACACUUUUGCAUUUGAUGUUGUGGUCUAUAGGCCUCAUUCUCAUUAAAUAACAAGGACAGCUCCAGUUGAUCAAUGUUCUCUGGUUCUUCUGCCUCUAUAGCUUGAUGCCCCAUCAUGCUGUUAGACCGUUGGUGAGUCAAGGUGAUGGAGAGCUCGUUGUCCACGGUAAAGCGGCGAGCCUGGAUCAACAGCUGCAGACAGUGGUCCACAUUAGAGGAUGCCGACGGACUGCUCAACCUUCCAUCAGCCUCGGUGGCGGACGACGAUGUUUUUUCUGACGGAGGUUUCACUGGAAAGAUUGAGAACUGGCUUCUUGAUUGUGGAUCAGAUGUCUGCCCAGAAAACAGCCAUCAGCUCAGUUUUGAGUCUGUUCUGCAGGGCAACAACUUAGCUGAUGACCUGAGUCUUGGUGCUGAUGCCUCUAUUGUAUAUGGGAGCCACGUUCCACCUGAAGCUGGAAAACAGUUAAGCAGGUUCAGCAGCAGUACGCCUUGCCAGAGACUAUGUCCACCGUCGCUGAACCUGGGCCACAGCAUGGCCUCUAGCUGCCUGUCCACUUUCUCACGGAAAACUGUGUCAAGUGUGUCUGAAGUUUUGGAGUUGUGUUCAGAGGAUGCUGAGGAGACUCUUUACGAGUUGGGUUUUGGUAGUGAAGAGCCCCAGGUCACUGUGCGCAUCCCUCCUCGAUUCCUCACCUUUCCAUCUCAGGCUCAGGGCAUCAACUUCCGCCUCUUCCUGGACGCUCAGAUACGACGGAUACGAGAGGAAGACCCCAGCCUUUCUCUUGCCAGUCGUUUCAGACAAGUGCAAGUGCUAACAGCCAUGGCCAAUGCUUUCUAUUCCCUCUACUCCCACGUGUCCCGCACUCCCCUCCAGAAGCUGGAGACUCCAGAGUGUCACAUCUCAUCUCCUAUGGAGAGAAUUGAACGGUUCAGGACCAGCAUUCGGAGCGAGCCGCGCUCUCCUGUGGAGAGGCUGAAGGACACCGUCAACAAGAUGUGCCUCUACACCGGCUCACCCCGUGGGUCAGAAUCCACAUCUCCACAGCCCUCGCCCAAGAAGAGACCCAGUCUCUCUGAAUUUGGAGAUGUAGCCCUUAAAACCAAGACUGGUUUUAAGCUGGACUUGGAGGAACUGGAUCGGGGCGGUUCAGUGGUGGAUUUUAAGCAGAUAACAGAUGGUAGGAAACUGGAGGAAGCACAGCAGAUUGUUGCUGAUGCGGGCAAUAAUCAGAAGGACACUGACAUCUGUCGUGUGAAGAUGCUGGGCAGCAAACAAACAGAUAAUGCUAUCGGUGGAAAGUGUGUCAGGCAAACUGAUCUCAAAAAAGUUAGUCAACAUGUAAGAACAUCUCUAGAGUCUUCGUUAUCAGGAGAAACUGUGAUAGAAACAGACCAUCUGCUGCCCUCACGUCUGCAAGAUCAGGACUCGUGUUUGGAUCAAAGUAAGACAAGGACAGCUAAGAUAAACCCUGUUGACAAAGUUACAUGUGAUCUAAUCUGCCCGCAAAUAAUCGAGAGCGUACAUCCAGUGCCGUUCUGCUGUCAGAACACACACGAUACGGAGAGCUUGCUUCAUAUCACCUCUGUGGGAGAAAGCUCAGAUACAACCUUUCCUGAUUCGCCCAAACUUCACACACACACUCUCAUCUCUGAGCCCAGUGGAACGCCUUCACAGGUGGAUGCUUCCAGAUCACUUCCUGUCCUGGAGCCCGAUGGCAGCUGCGCUCAUUAUUGCAUCACUGUGACUAGCACGGAGGGGGAAGAUGUGUCUUUGAGUUCAGUGAACACAGCAGAUAUCCACUCUACUUCGCCCUUUUCAUCCAGGCAGACGUCCGACGAGUCAUUUGACGAGAGGGAGAGAUGGUAUCUAAACCCGACGGCGCAUCGAGGCCUGGACAAAUUCUCCAGAAACCAGCGGCAGGUCAACUCAUUUGAACUGGAGGAGGUUCACAGUGCAGGAGAAGAUGAUGUUGGACAAUUAGAAGCUAUAAGCACAGCCAGCUCACCGUCAUUCAAAAAAGAUUCACACAAAGGUGAGGUGGUCCGGGGUGACAGCGUGCAGUCUGACAGCAGUGGCUACGCGGAUGAAGAAGUCUGCUCUUUAACAGAAAGACACAACAGAUGAUGGAAAAGCAAAAAGACAAAGAAUUGCAGAAGUUUCUGUCAACUUAUUCCUGCCCUGAAGAUUUGAUGGUUUAGAAAACUUAGUUUCAAACUAGUGGGGAAAAAUAAUCUGCAUACAUGUAAAAUGUUGUAAAUCAUAAAGAGUUCAACACAACAGGAAGUGGAUGGAGUACUUGAGUGGAAUGGUUCUUUAAUCAGGUGAAAACAACAGUAAAAUUACAAUAUUUUGUUAAAAAUGGCAAGUUAGGAGUUCAUAUUUCAUUUACAUUUUUGUUACAGGAUUUAAAACUGCAGCACAAAAAAUGUAGCACCCAAAGUUAAAAAACAUUGUUUAACUUCCUCCUUUACAAUAAUCAGAGGUGGUUGUACUUUAAGAAUAUUUUUGGUUCCUUACUGAAAAGUGUUCACUCUGUCAUUUACAGGGUGAAAACAUCACUGCACAGUCUAAAAUAACUAAUUGAUCCAAAUAACAAGACAUUUUCUUAUUAAUUUGGGGCUAAACGUGUAGAUUUGGUGACAUCAUCACACUGAAACUAAAAUUUAAACUAUCAAAAUAAAAGUCAAACACUGGGUUAAAUUCUAGGCGUCACAAACACAAACGUCUUGAGGUAAUUAUACUCAGCACGAGUCUAACAGCUUUAUUCACCUGGUCUGAGAUCACAAAGCUUAUCAGGGUUUGGUAUUCUAAAUGUAUUUUAAAAAAAGGAUCAUAUUUUAUUUCAUGACAAGUACUUCAAAACAGAAAAGACCUUUACAAAACUCAAAAAAAGUUACUAGAAUUUGUCAAAGAUGGUUCAUUCAUGGAUAUUCGCUCCGACGUUGAUUUUGUUGUAAAAUAAAACACAAAGAUUUGAGGAAAAAAACGACAAAGUCAAAUUUCUCCAUUAAUUUGAACUCAAAUCAGAUAAGCUGAUUAUUUUAAAACAUACUUAAAAUUAUUAAUUUCAACUAACAUCAUUUGUGACAUAUGACUCAAAAGUGCAUCAUUUAUGACGUCAUGUAUAUAUUUUAAACUUCAUAUGUAAGAAAACAGCUAAUUAUAUGAAGGAUAAAUGGGCUAAAAACAAUUUUUUUUCCUAAAACAAUCUGUCACAAGUA